UCUAUGCAAAGGUUGUUGCCAACACAGUGGAAACCUCUGGUGGAAACAAGGCUGAAAUCAGGAACAGAACCCACCCACAACUACACUGCGCAACCAUCUUUAAACUCUUCCUGAUUCAACCGCUACCCUUCAACAUUCCCGAGCGUCAGAAACAAUCCCAAAGAUGAGUUAUCCUGGUUACCCUCCAUCCGGUGGCUACCCUACCCAGACAGGUGGCUACCCCCCACAACCAGGUGCAUAUCCCCCCCAAGCUGGAGGCUACCCGCCACAGGCUGGAGGCUACCCGCCACAGGCUGGAGGCUACCCGCCACAGGCUGGGGGCUACCCGCCACAGGCUGGGGGCUACCCGCCACAGGCUGGGGGUUACCCGCCCCAAGCCGGGGGUUACCCGCCCCAAGCCGGGGGCUAUCCUUCCCAGCAGGCUGGUGGUUACCCUCAACCAGGUGGAGGUUUCCCUCAGGGGGGAGGCUUCCCUCCCCAGGCCGGAGGCUAUCCUUCCAUGCCUCCAGCACAAGGUGGUUGGGGUGGAGCCCCUGCUGGUGGAAUGCCAGGUGGAGGUAUGCCCCAGGGGUACCCAGGCUGUCCUGCCCCAGGUCAACCCCAGGGGUACCCAGGCUGUCCUGCCCCAGGUCAACCCCAGGGGUACCCAGGCGGUCCUGCCCCAGGUCAACCCCAGGGGUACCCUGGCGGUCCUGCCCCAGGACAGCAGCCCAUGCCUGGCUACCCUGGUGGUGCCCCGGCCUCCAACCCUUCCAUGCCAGGAUAUGGAGGUGGUGUUCCUGCUACUCCUUAUUCACCUGCCAUCAACAGAGGCUUUAGGGGUGUUAUUAAGGACUAUCCAGGCGCUGACCCUCUGAGGGAUGUGGAAGUCCUCCGCAAGGCCAUGAAGGGCUUUGGCACGGAUGAGGCAGCUAUAAUUGAGAUUCUUGGGAGCCGCUCAAACAAGCAGAGGGUUCCAAUGGUAGCAGCCUACAAAACCACUUAUGGGAAGGAUUUAUUCCAUGAUCUAAAGUCUGAGCUGACUGGGAACUUUGAGAAGCUGGCUAUUGCCAUGUUGCAGACGCCAGCCAGGUUUGAUGCAUCUCAACUCAAAGAAGCCAUAGUGGGUGCCGGUACUGAUGAAGCCUGUCUGAUUGAGAUCCUAUCGUCUCGCUCCAAUGCAGAAAUCAGAGAAAUUAAUCAAAUUUACAAAAACGAGUAUGGUAAGAAACUGGAGGAUGCCAUCAUUAAUGACACAUCAGGACACUUCCGUAGACUCCUCGUCUCCCUCUGUCAGGGAAAUCGAGACGAGAGGGAACAAGUGGACAUCAACAUGGCCAAACAGGAUGCUCAGAAACUGUAUGCUGCCGGGGAGAACAAAGUGGGGACGGAUGAGUCCCAGUUCAACGCCAUCCUGUGUUCCAGGAGCAGACCCCACCUGAGAGCAGUGUUCAAUGAGUACCAGCAGAUGAGUGGUAGAGACAUUGUGAAGAGCAUCUGCAGGGAGAUGUCUGGAAACGUGGAGGAUGGCAUGGUGGCUGUGGUGAAAUGCAUCAGGAACACUCCUGAAUACUUUGCAGAGAGGCUUCACAAGUCCAUGGCGGGGGCUGGGACCAAGGACAGGACUCUGAUUCGGGUCAUGGUGACUCGCUCCGAGGUAGACAUGCUGGACAUCAGACAGGCGUACCAGAAGACCUACGGGAAAUCACUGUACACUGCCAUCUCUGGUGAUACCUCCGGGGACUACCAGAAGCUGCUGCUGAAGCUGUGUGGAGGAAGUGAUUAGAGAGAUAUGAAGGAAUCCCAUAUAUCAAUCAGGACAGUGACGCCAUAGAAUGAGAACCAUAGAAUCAGAAUGAGAACCAUAGAAUCAGAAUGAGAACCAUAGAAUCAGAAUGAGAACCAUAGAAUCAGAAUGAGAACCAUAGAAUCAGAACUGCUAUGGCCGUUCUACUCAUUCUAAUUCUAUAAGUGUAGUAGUCCAUGAGAAUGUAACAGACAGGAUCCUAUAUCAACCUGUGAUUAUAUGUAGUUUUUUUUGCCAAAUGUGUGUCUGGCGCCAUAAUGUGCUGGGUGAGGUAUGUAGGAUAAUGACUUUACUUGCUGCAUAUGCAAUCCGUUAUUGUUAUUAUAUAGUCUCGAUUCAUUUUCAAACGUUUUUAUUUUAUCGUGAUAUGUGUAAUCAUAUUUCAUACGAUCAGGAUAAUGCCAUUUAAAAACAAUGCAGUACUAUAAUUGACAAAUUAUUAUAUUAGCAAACUGCCAAAUACUAAAUGUAUAUGAAUAUUUCUGGGUUUGUGUCAAUACGUGCAAAUAUUUUAGGAUAUUUAGAUACUUUUAAAACAAGUUGGUUAUUAUAGCUUUAUCGCUGACUGCUGUAUUCUAUGCAAAUUAGCAACUUGUUUCAUAUCGAAUGAAAGCCAAUGAUAAUUAAAUACCACACAACGCUGGUGUUUCUGUCUUCUCAUUGACACCUUCUAAUAAUGUAGGCCAUUUUCCAUUGCUUGUUUCCUAGAUAUAAAACACAACGUUGCCUUAUUUUACGCUGCAGACCCAAAGCCGCUAUGUCAUGCAACUCCAUGUUUUACCAUCUGCUGUUUAGUUCCAUGCAAGUCAAUAUUUCUGUUUUUUUUUUCAUUUCAUCUUUCACUGCUAUUUCUAAUAUAAUUUCAAUGUAGAGUCAUUGUACAACUAUUUGCCAAUACUUAAACAAUAUUGACAAAAAAUAAUACAAUUUUUAAGGAUUUAUUCAUUGCAUAGGUAUAUACUGUAUAGCCAGCACACAUACUGUAUAGUAUAAUUUCAUGCCAGUAAACGGCAGUUUGAACACAAUGGAUCCACUGAGGCAUUGUAAUUGGAAAAUGAUAUAAAUAUAUGCUAAUACCACAUUUGUAACUUAUCACAAUGGCCCAAAGGGCUGCCGUUAUCAUGUAGUAACUAACGUUUACAAUCAUUUGGUUGUUGUAAUGUUCACCCACAGGCUUAUAAUGGUGUCCUUCCUGUCAAAAUAAAAUAUUUUGACUGUCAA